ACACAUUUUAAAUAUAUAGCCUAAUCAAGGGCAACCAUGAAGUACAAUUAUCAUAACAAAUCAGAUACUGAGAUAAACGUAAGGAUAUUAAUGGAUAUUAAUUAUAAGAAUUAAUAGAAGAUUUAAGGCUUUACAGUAAUUUACAGUCUCUUUUUGCUUGGUUCUUAUUGCUGUUAAAGUAUGAACUUCUAUUUUAAAAUGAGUAAAAGUAGGUUUUUGUGAUUUUCCAUAUAUAAUAAGUGCAUUUAUGAUAUUAUAAAUAUUAUAAAUUCAACAUCUUUAUCAUAUAAAAAUAAAACUUUUGCUCUGAGUUGCAUGUCAAAUUUUGUAUUCUUUUUUUAACAAAAACAAAAAAAUCACAUCAAAAUAAUUUUUUAUAAAUACAAUCAUAAACUAAAUGUUCUCUUUUCAAAAAGACAUAAUUCAAGCCAAUGUCUUUCCAAAACCUUGCAAUCAUCAGCUGUUCUCCUUUCAUGUCCACACUGACUCCAGUCCAGUCAGUGGCAGUAAUGCGCCCAAAGGUGGCUUGCCAACCAAGAAGACGAUGACAACAACGCAACCCAGUAAAUGACAGGUUAUAUCUCUGGAUACAAUAUUGAAAAACAUAUUUUACAAUCAAACGUCUUUUAAGUUAAUAGUAGAAAAGGCACGAAUUAAUACUAAAUAUAGCAAAACCCUUGUAAUGUUACCGCCAUCUUAGACGUAACGACGUUUCCAAACAAUAUCUCGAGGUGAUAUGCAACUAUAAAGAUGAUGUUUAUUAAAGAGGAGACUGAGGACACGAGUGAUGCUGAAAUCUGCAAAAUAAAAAAUGAGCAACAAGGAGACCUGAUGGAAGUGAAAGAGGAAAGUCAAGAUCUGAAUGAAGUGGAUGAGAAACAUCAGCAUCAGAAAGCUCCUGAUGUCCUCGCCGGAGAAAAAUCCUUGAUUUGCUCCCAAACGGAUAAAGAAUUCUCACAAAGUAGCACUCAAAAAAAGCCUUUCACCUGCUCUCUGUGUGGAAAGUGUUGUGCCCAUAGAGGCCACCUCAACGAUCACAUGUUAACUCACACCGGAGAGAAGCCAUUCUCAUGCCCUCAGUGUGGAAGGAGAUUCUCACGCAGGAGAAACCUCAACGAUCACAUACUAAUACACAACGAGGAGAAGCCUUUCGUCUGUCCUCAGUGCGGAAAGAGUUACAAACGUAACGAACACUUUAAGAGUCACUUGUUGAAUCACAGUGGAGGCAAGCCCUUCACCUGCUCUCAGUGUGGAAAGAGCUUCAGUUAUAAAAGAAGCCUUAAUGACCACAUAAAAAUCCACACAGGAGAGAGUCUUCACACAUGCCCUCGGUGCGGAAAGAGUUUCGUAAAUAACGGACACCUUAAGGAACACGCAAAAAUCCACACCGGAGAGAGACCUUUCGCCUGCCCUCAGUGUGGAAAGAGCUUCAUGAGUAAACGAGACGUCACGUAUCACAUGAGAAUUCACACCGAGGAGAAGCCUUUUAAAUGCCAUCAGUGUGGAAAGGGUUUUGCAUGGGCAAGCUGUCUGAAAAUUCAUAUGCGCCACUCUCACUCAGAAGAAAGGGAGUUUACCUGCGAGUACUGCAAUAAAAGAUUUGUUCUGGAGUCAUACCUAAAGAUGCACCUGAAAAUUCAUCGAAACGAGAAACCUUACGUGUGUUCUGUUUGUGGAAAAGGUUUUUUAUGGAAACUGUGUUUCAAAGCGCACCAGAAAAUACACGAGGGUGCGAAAACCCACGUGUGCUCAGAGUGCGGGAGAGCCUUUAUUAGAGCCGACUAUUUGAUAAAACACCAAAAAGUGCACACGGGAGAGCGACCGUACACAUGCUCGUAUUGUGAAAAGAGAUUCAGUAAGAAAGCAAACCUGAGAGAACACGUGCGGCUGCAUACUGGAGAGAAGCCGUACACUUGCGCUCAGUGUGGAAGCAGUUUCACUUCAGCUAAAGGUCUAAGCUAUCACAGAGAAAAGCAGUGUUCUCAAAGCACACCGGCUUCAUGUUCUGUUGAAAUCAAAACGGUGUCAGAAUUGGCCAAAGAUUGAGUUUUCUGCCAAUAAUAUUUAGUGGGGAAUAAUCUGUCGUUCAAAUGUAAAUGGCAGCAGAAAGUGCAUUUAGAAGUCGUUUAUCAAAGAUGAAGUAAAGUCAUCAAAUGGACAAUUAUUGUUAUUUUAUAGAAUAUUGCAGUAUUUAUAUAUUACAAUUAUUUAUAUAUUUAAAAAAAAAAAAACAAUAAUAAUUUGCCUUUGUAAUCUUUAAUCAAAAUAACUUCUCGUGCAGUGACAUCUCCCUACAUUUUUUUCCUGUUUGAGAAGCUGUUUCACUUGGAUAUAUGUCACAAUAGGGAAGUAAAGUCUGUCACAAGUUACUUCUGUUCCAUGCCGACUUUAAGGGAAAGAAAUACAACCAAGGUAGUCAGAGUGGGGUCUGAAACACUGUACAAUUUUUAUAAUGUGUCUGUAUAUUUAGUAAUGGCCAAGCAUAUAUAGCUGCCUGGAGGAAUACAUUAAAAAGACAUUUAUUUUA